UCGCGAUUCCUCGAGUUAUUUUUCGAAUCAAUUUCGCGCUGACAUCACACGAAACAAAAUCGCGAGUGUAUUCUUAUCAGCCGCGACCGUCCUCUUGCCGCGUGUCUUGUUUCCCGUUGAUAAGAGGCACUGAUAAGUGAAAUUUCCCCCUCUAGAAAGCAAGAGAUUUCAACUCAGUUCGAAGAUGACUUGCCUGGCCGACGCCAACGGAGCAAAUUUCUUGGUGGGAGGAUGGCCACAGCACAAGUGAAACCGGAACCACUGGAGUUGGAGCAGGAGCAGGACGUUGGUAUCGGUUACGGACAUCGGGAGUUCGGUAUGGAAAAUUCCACGGGUCAUUGCGUCACGGAAGAUCGGAGGAAGGAGGCCAUCAGCGAGGAUGAUCCGCUGCUGCAGGAAACGAUAAAUGCGCUGAUGAGUGGGGCGGGAGGUAUCGAGGUGGUCACGGGAACCGCUGGUGGUGGGACGGAAGAAGCGGAUCGGAAUUAUGUGUGUCAAUUUUGUGGAAAGUUGUUUACCCGGUCUAAUACGUUGUCCUAUCACCUCAAGGUUCACAACGACGAACGGCCAUUCAAGUGUGCCAGCUGCGACAAAGCGUUUCGGGAGCAGUACCGUUUGACUAAACAUCUGCGGACACACGAAAAAGAUCAGCCAGAAACGGAACAUUCCCAAGACGCAAGCCUCCCGUCGACUUCGGCCGGCCAAACGACCGCAGAAGAUGAAGAUUACGCGACAGGAGACAGCGAACGGUUCUUCAAAAGUUACGAACUUCAAGAAGGAUCCGCUGCCCUCAAGCUGGAACCGGACAUUUCCAUUACCGUGGAUGGUGCAAAUGUUCCAUCGACCACGUCGGCGACAACAGUCCAAACUUCCGCCUCGGAACAAGACGUUCGCUACCAGAUCAUCGAGGAACGUAUAAAAUCGCUCCAGCGAGAAGUCCACCUGGUCAACUCGAACCUAAGCCGGGUGGAAUCUAAGCUGGAUGGACUCACCAAGAUCAUUGCCAUUUUUAUCAACAAAUUUGACGAAGUUGACUCGCAAUCCCAAGGGACCACAUCCACGCCAAUUGCCCCCACCACCACCACCACCAACGGCAGUAAAAUCAUUCCUCUGCUCUCGAUUCCCGUGGAGGCCCUUCCGGCGGCACCGCCACCACCAACACCCCCAGCUCCAAUCAUUCAAAUGAUAACCCACCAUCAUCCGAUGGUGACGGAGCAACAACCGCCGCCACCACCACCGGUUCAGAUUCCAGUUCCGGUUCCGGUGCAGCAGCAGCAUCACCAACAACCCGCUAGCACCUUUGUGCAGUGUCACGGCAGCAACAGCUGGAAUACCAGCAGCAGCAACAUUAACAAAAAUGACGAUACAUUCCCCGAGGUGCCGGAGCUGCCCAUCCGGACCGUCAACGAUUUUCUCGACCUGAACGAUCACUGUAGCGAUAACGAGCAGUUUUUGCUGCAGAUGAUGAUCCGGCUUCACCAGGAAGUGGACCAAUCCCAACCGCACCAGCGCAACGUGAAGAAGAUGAUGGAGGCUCUCGUCACCUACGAAGUCCUGUGCCAGUUCAGCUGGAGCGGCAAGUCGGCCAUCAACGGACAGUACACCAAGUACGUGUUCGGCAACAGCGUGGGCAUCAUCGAUCUGCUCACCAAGACGCUGAACCUGGGCCGCAGCACCGAGGAAGCCCAGGCCAACCAGAAGCCAAUCCUGACGGCGAUCCAGAGCUUCAUCAAGCACUCGCGCCAAAACAUGCUGCGCGACAGUCGGAAGAGGCGCGAAUCGGGCGGAGUUUAUCCACCUGAUCCGAGGCCGAUGAAGCAGCGGUCUUCCGGGGCGGAACCGGACGUUGGCGGUAAUCAGUUCUAGAGUUGAGACGUUUGUUUUGGGGGGAGUUUCCGGAUUAAUUGUGUUUUAUUAAUCUGUAAAAUGUUACACUUUUUGUACGCAAAAGGAGCCAAAACGGUUUUCUUCUUUUUUUUCUUGUUUUUGUACGGAAUAAAUUAGCCCUAAGUGGAAUAAACACAGAAACAGUUA